AUGUCACUCACUCCUUGGUGCAUGACUCCAAUGGAUAGAAUGUUCCGCGAGAUGGAACGUUCAUUCGACGCUUUUCGUCCAUACUGGACUGAUCAACCAAUGAUGCGUCAAGCGAAUUUGGAGAAUGCGGUCGGAAAUAUUGUUAACGAUAGGGACAAGUUCUCGAUUGAAAUGGACGUGUCGCAGUUCGCACCUGAAGAGUUGAAGGUGGAGGUUCGAGAUAAGGACUUGAUUGUUGAGGGUCAUCAUGAGGAACGCAGCGAUGAGCACGGCUCGAUCAAACGUCAUUUCGUUCGUAAAUUCACUCUGCCCGAUAGUGUUGACGUGCAAGCGAUCAACUCACGUCUCAGUGAUACUGGCGUUCUUACGGUGAUCGCACCCAAAAUCAGCACAGCUCUACCACCAACACGCAGCAUCCCAAUUGAACAUGCACCGAGAGCAUCGAUCCAGAGACGCUAG